GAGAUUUUAUCAACCUCUCUAGCUUGACAUAUAUGUGGAAAGAUUAGAUACAAACCUGCAGGAAACACGACUGGCGACUCCACAGAACUCUGUGUACCGCUAGGUGGCCGAGUAACAACAUAAUGUUCGCUGGCGCUGUUAGCAAACAGCUAAUUCUGCUGUUGCUGAGAUUGAUACCGGAAAACUUGGCAUUUUAAACAAGUUGAGGGUGGGUCUGUACUUAGCAUGGACCCACGGAAUGACAUUGCUUCUUAGUUGACAGCUGAGUUUAUUUAAUGGACAACAAUAGGCGUUAGGUGGACAAUAUAGCUUACCUUGCGCUGUGGCUGCUGGCUACAGUAGCUAACUGUAGCCCCGAAGCUAGCGUGACUAACGUCUGUUACGUCCGCAGGACAGCAUUCUGACUUGGAGGAAGGAAGGAAGCUGAUAAGUACGACCGCUGCUCAUGCAAAGCUAGCACACUUUCGGACUCCUGGGUUCAUACUGUGACGCAUUUAGAAAAGGUGACUAUCUGGGCACACCGUGUGAUAUUUGACACUAUUUGGUUAAUAAGAUAUGCUGUUAGUUGCCGUAGCUAGCUGUUAGCAACACGUCUCCUGUCUAGCUGCACAGUGGACGUCAGCUAGCCAAAAAACUUCUGAAGAAGUUGUGCAAGUCAGACUUAGUAGAUUGAUUGAUUCGGGAAACUAGCUGGGCUGUGUUUAAUCAUUUUUUUUCCGUCAGACUCUUUAACUCUGACCCGCUCCAGCAGCAGGGCGAACGGAGAAACUCAUGGCAUCGGAUGUGACUGAGAGUGAAGCGGUGCUGAAGGGUGUUAGUGAUACGAGUUUGAACAAUAGCAGCCAAGAGAUUGUCACACCCAGGAGGACUCGUGAGGAUUUGGCCAACAAACAGACUUCCAGUCCCUCAUCUUCCGGAGUGUCGGGAGAAGGUGAUGACGAGGAGUUAAACGAAUUGCAAAACAGCACAACAUCUACAGUUGAAACGGGAGAAGAGGCAUAUCAAGACAGUUUAACCAAAUCAAGAGGUACGCCACAGGAAAGGACAACUCCAGACAAUGUGCAGACACAGUCGGGGGAGAGAGUCUCCACUCCUGUCGGCCUUCCUCAGCCACGGUCACCAUCUGGACUCGUUGGAAGCUUCGAGCGUCAAGAGUCAGUCGCCACAACUGAAGCACGCUUACGAAUGGAAGGAGUUGAACUUAAGGAAGAGUGGCAGGAUGAGGAUUUUCCAAGGCCCCUCCCAGAAGAAGAGGAGCUUGAAGAUGACCUUUUCGCAGGAACCUCCGAGGAAGGAGACCCAGGCUAUGCAAUGACCCAUGGCAAGAAGGCCAAGAAAAAGCUUGCAGCUCCAGACAUCAGUCUUACACUGGACCACAGUGAAGGUUCGCUUCUCUCUGAUGAGCUGGAUGAAAGCACAGAGCUGGACCUGGACGACAUAGACACUCCAUCAGACAACAGUAAUGAGUUUGAAUGGGAAGAUGAUCUCCCUAAGCCGAAAACCACAGAGCUGCUGCAGAAAGGUGUGGAGUCGGUUCAGGAGUAUUCAGCCUUGGAGGAGAGGGAGGAGGGUAGACGCUGGAGGGUGUUUCGUAUCGGAGACCAGGAGCACAGAGUGGACAUGAAGGCUAUUGAACCUUACAAGAGGGUCAUCAGUCAUGGAGGCUACUAUGGGGAUGGUCUGAAUGCCAUAAUUGUGUUCGCUGUGUGCUUUAUGCCUGAGAGCAAUCAACCAAAUUACAGAUACAUCAUGGACAAUUUAUUCAAGUAUGUCAUCGGCACACUGGAGCUUUUGGUCGCUGAGAACUAUAUGAUUGUGUAUUUAAACGGGGCGACAUCUCGGAAAAAGAUGCCAACUGUGGGCUGGCUCAGAAAAUGUUAUCAGCAGAUCGAUAGGAGGUUACGGAAGAAUUUGAAGUCCUUGAUUAUUGUACACCCCUCCUGGUUUAUCCGCACCCUGCUGGCACUCACAAAACCUUUUAUAAGCUCCAAAUUUAGUCAGAAAAUCAAGUACGUGUACAGCUUGACAGACCUUGCUGAACUUGUUCCAAUGGAGUACGUGUCCAUACCAGAUUGUAUCAAACAGUUUGACGACGAAAAAAAUAGGAAAAGCCACAAAAGGUAUAUGCACUUUCACUCAGGGUCAGUCUCCGCAUCCUUUGCAUUUCAUUUAACUAACAAUGAAAUGAUCAGUUGGCUUUUGGAAAUGCACCAAGACACCUAAUUCUCCUUCACGGUUUUGUAGUUGGAUGAUUUUCUGUUGCCUCCUGGCCAAAAUCAACAAUGUACCUCCAGAAUUACCAUAUUUUCCUCUCAGAUGAUCAGCAUUGCCGAGACGUUAACUGAGUAACUGUUUUUCAAAAAUAGGUGCCUUGGCCUUGGUGAUUGUUUUCCUUUCUGAGCCAAAUAACUGAAGGUCAUCACAAAGCCAGAUCAUGCUCAGUUUAAUUAUUAUCUCAAAGUACUAUAUGGUUUAAAUUACCAUGUCCUUGUAACCCCCCCCCCCCAAACCUUUGUCCACUCUGAUGCUAGUUGUAAAUAUGUCAAAUCAUGUCCAAAACCAGUCAGAAUAUUUUGGAGGAAACAAAAUACGUUGAUGCUUUUUGAUGUGAAAGUUGGGGCCCCGAGUUGCAUUUACAUGCAUGUAUUUUGUAUUAAGAAAAAAAGUUUAAAAUUUGAUCUGGUUGGUGUUUGGGACAUUUGUUAAUGUUUGUGCGACCGAAUGGGGUGGAAAUACGGGGAAGUAGUUUGACUUAGUCACUGUGGUGUGUGGUUGCACUUGAACCAUGUCCUCACAUGGUUCUCCUCAGUAACUGGCUCUCACUGAACACUGCUUGUUCACUCACACAGCUCUUUGCAUGACUCACUGCAUACCCACUCCCUGCUCAUGUUUGGUAAUUACUCCAGACUUUUGUCAGCCCGACUACUGCACACAGAAAUAAUCUGUUCAUUUCUGAUAAAUACCGAGUGUACAGUUGCUAAAUGACAAAUUUGAUAAGGAAUGUCAGAAUACUAGAAAAGAAUAAUGAUUGUGCUGUUUUAGAGAACUCGCAGGGUCGUAGGAGAGAUUCGGUUUUGUUUUUUACAGCAUAUAAACCUGUGCUACGAUUAGUUGCACUUAUGUGCAUAAGUUUCUUGGAUCAUUGACUUAUAUUAAGACAAAUGUACCAGAGCCCCACACAUUACCAUUGUUCCUGACAGUAUUAACAAACUAAAUGCAUUUUAGGCAACAAUGUUUUUUAAUUCAAUAUAUUAUACUAUUUCUAUAACUCCAACAGCUCAAAUUACUUCUAGUCUUUUGUGGACAAUUAAAAAAAAAUCUGCAGAUAAGCAGGUUUUACUUUCUGCAGUACAUAUUUAAGCACAUUUUUUUAAUUUGAUUUUUAUAUUUAAGGAACCUGAAGGAAAAAAAAAGUAUGGAUAUUAUUUUAGUAUACUGUGUGUAUAUAUUAGUAUUAUGAAAAUGGGUCUGGUUAAUGAUGUUAAGGUAUUGAUCACAUAUCCGGAUGUGAUUCUACAAAAGUUGUUUGACCGUGUUAGAUGACAUCCCAGUCACACAGCCGUCUGAUCACUGUCAACUCUGUCUGCAGAAUCGACCGGGACAUGCACGGCAAAGCGGAGGUCGCCACCGCUGCUGUUCCAGAGUGAUCCUGCUCGCACUGCAUGAUGUGGAGGAGAACGAUGAAGAAUGUUUAGAACUGCAGCCACUCUUACAUUUGUGUGACUGGAGACUUCUUUGUGUCAGGAAAAGUGCCUUUUGCGAAACAAUGCUGCCUGUUACACCAUGGAACUUUUUUUGUGUUUUUUUUUUUUUUUUUUUUUUUUCUGUAUUUGUGUAUCAAGCAGCUUGACCUUCAACUUGUGUCCACAUGCUGUCUGAAAUGGUUUUAAUCCUUUUUAUUUACUCUGGUAUAUCCUGUCAACUUUAGGUUAUGGGUCUUCCCUAGUCCACUGUUGUAUCUACACUUUAUUUAAGGCACUCGGUUACAAGUGGUUGGUGCAUGUUCUGCUUUAUUACAUUUAAAUAUAUAUUUAUAUUCAAAAGGUGUCAAAGGAGAGAAAUUAAUAUAUUUUUAUGGUUGAUCUGAUUUUAAACUGCAUUUUACAUCCUUGACCCACCGAGUGGCAUUUCACAGAGCGACUUUUGACGGCACUUUUUUCACCGUUCAAUGCUGAUAUUCUGUUCAAGUCCUGCCUGGGGAAAAUAAAGUUGUUUUUUUUGCCAUUCACUCGAAUGUAAACUCUGACUCUUGGAGGGUGAACAUUUGUGAAUCUCAAAGAUGUAGGUCUUAUUAUUUUCUCCGAGUAAAGCCAUAGAUCCAGA